CAGUCCAAAAACUUCAAAAGCAAAACGGCUGGCGGGAGAUAAACCCCAGACCAACACAACAGAUACUUACAAAAUUAUUCAUCCGGUUUUUCUCUCUCUUCCUCGAUCGCUGCGCCAAACAAACCCUUAUAAGAGGAUUCAUGGCGUCACGACGUCUUCUUCUUCCUUCUUCCUUUUCUCUGAUCUCUCUCCAUGGCUUCGCUCUUGUCCUUGCGUCUCACAAUCUUGUUUCAGCACUCACAUUCUCCUUGUUCUAAUAACAAACAAAAUGCAAACGCCAGUCCAUCCCAUUCAUCAAAACUCAAUAAGAAAGAGCAAGGGCUUUAUAUCUUUUCAAAAGGUCAUCCUUCUCUUAAAUUUUGGUUAGUACGUUAUGAGGCUUCAAGGUGUAUAUCUUCAAGAAUAUUAUCAUCCAUGGUUUCAUCUAUUUGUUCUGACCAUCCUGAUGGUGAGAACGAAGCUUCUAUGGCCAGAGCUCAUGGUAUUGGAAUAGAAUAUAAUCGGGUGAAUUGUCUUGUAUGGGUAUUGCACGAAUCUGCAAGGAACUUUUCUCUUUCUGUCGAGUCACUUGAACUGACUGGAAGUGAUGCAGAGCUUUCAAUGGCUUGGAAUGGGAAGGAUGUCAAUGAAUGGCACAGGCGUAUUGCUUAUCUGGUAGCUAUCUAUGCUUUGCUGAAAAUGGCAAUUGAAAUGGAGGUUUUGCUUUCCCAUGAUCGACACAACAAUCCAUCUCCUGUUAGAGAGAUCUUGACUCCAAAGAUGAAUAUGGUCGGCGAGUACAUUGAAAGUCAAUUGGGUUCAAGGCAUGCAGCACUAGUAUCAUGGUUUAGAGUGGUGGAACUGCCACGUAUAUCCGGAUAUUUCAUUCCUUUGUUGAAGAAGUGGUCAGUGGAAUAUGCAGGAAGUGGUGUUGCAGGGAUUAUUGUUGCCAUAAGCUGCUGUGCUGCUGUGGGGAAAUUGGGUCCUGGGCGUAUUUCCUCUCCCUUGUUUACACUGUCAGUUGAGGACAUUUUAGUAGAGCUCAUGAAUGUUUCAUACAAACUAGUAUCAGUGGAGAAAUUGUAUCAAUUAGCAAGUGAAGCAGGAUUUGAGCUUGACUUCCUGUCCCAUUUUGGUGCAAAAGUUCUAACUGGUGAGAAAGGUGAAGAGCUGGAGUUUUGGAUCGGGUUGGCUCAGAAAAAACUCACUGCAGCAUUCCACAAUGAUGGUGUGAUUUUACACACACAAAGUUCACACAAAAAGGUUCAGGCAGAUUGUUUGGCCACUCUAGGACUUUUCUCAUAUCUGGGGAGGAAAACUCGAGAAUUCUUAUGCAAAAUGGGCAUAAAGGAUCUCGAUGAGCUGGUUAAGGAUUUCCUCAGCUACUUGGAGUGUGGCUGUCUUUUUAUACACCCAGAACUUUCUUCUAUUACUAAUUACCAGAUUUUCAUGGAGAUAGUAACAGAUGAAAUUGGAUGGCUCGAUUUCUAUGCUGCGCCCCCUUACUUUUGUAAUCAGGAAAAGAAAAGGUCCAAACAGCAUGCUAUUCAAGCUGAGAAAGAGAUUAUUCUAUCCAAGGUUUUUACAGUAUGCUACGACGUGUUCUUUGGUUUUGCUCAUUUCAGCCGUUCAACUCAGCAAGCCUUGGAUCCAGAACUUCUUGCUUUUUUGCUCCGGAGUCAGAGCCUUUUGACUGUGUGUCUGGAAGAUUACUGGGCUGCUUAUGAUAGAUCAGGUGAACUGCCAAAGGUUGCAAAAAUAAGUGCCUAUGACAGCACACAACCAGCUGGACCUAAAGUUGCAGACAAGCUAUCUGGAGUUUUGGAAGAACAAGUGCAAAGUACCUUAUUCCCACAGGGAUGUCUAAUAGAUAUUUCUCAACAAGGAUCUAUGCUGAGAGAGGCUGCCAGUUCAUCUAGAGCAAUAACUUCUGCAGAGGUUUCCUGCCCUCCCAAAACAAACUCUAUGCAUGAAAAUUUACUCCAGAAAUACAGUGUAAAAUUAGCAUCUACAAGCACUGUAAGGCCAGUUACUUCUCUUUUAGUCGACAUCAAAAAUUAUAUUUUAUCUGAUGCUGCAUUGCUAAUAUUGCAAGUUGGACUCUUUAUGAAGAAUAUAUGGAUGGGGACUCAUCUGCUCUUCCUGGACAUCAUGAUCGCUCUGGAGCUACUUCUUAAGCGAUUACGUGGCCAUAGAAUUACGAACAGGGAGAGAAAGAAGUUGAGAACAACAAUGAACGAUAUUGCUUCACUUAUUCCAAUUACAAUUCUGAUGCUACUUCCUGUAUCUGCAGUAGGCCAUGCAGCAAUGCUUGCUGCUAUCAAGAAAUACAUGCCAUCAUUGAUCCCUUCGCCGUACUCUUGCAAGAGGCUAGACGUUGUAAAACAGUUAAAUAGAACUAAGAAGAUGGAUGUACGGUCUUGGAGCAACCUUCAAGAUUCAUCUUCUAAAACACCAUAAACAUUUUUUUCACUCGUCCUGAAAUUUAAUAAUUGUUCCCUGUUUACUCUUUCAGAGAAUGCUAAGUACUCUAUACCAUAUUUGUAAAUACACGGGUGUAAGACACUCCGGUGAAAGAUAAAAUCAACAGUUCCCAUCA